CCGCAUAUUUCGCCAUGCAAUCCGUGAAUUUAGCAAAACCAACGAUUACCGGCACCGACUACGAUCAGCUGUCUAUAUAAUUAAUACAACUAUUGAUUUAUUAUUCUCAACAAAUCACUAGUGUAUAUCGGAAACUUUUGACAUUGGCGAGUAUUCGGUUACUAUUAUUGUGUGUGCUGCUAAGUGGUUUAAUACUCACCCCUAAAUAAUCCAACCCAUUCUACUACAAAAACUUGUACGCGAUCAUUGAAAAAAGUAUACUAUAUAUAUAUUUAUUGCGUUAUAUUGCCUGUUUUUGUAGUGAAAUGCAUUAGUUUUUGUUUACAUAAUGAGUGAUUAUUUGGAAGACGAAUAUGCCAGGAAUGUUAUGCUAGAAGAUCUUCAGUUAGCAGCUGAAUUAGGAAAAACAUUACUGGAAAGAAAUAAGGAAUUGGAAAUAUCACUUAAACAACAUCAAAAUGUUAUUGAAGAUCAGGCUCAAGAAAUAGAAUAUCUUACAAAGCAAGUGGUAGCCCUUCGAGAAGUUAACGAUUCAAGAUUACGAAUAUACGAACAACUAGAAGUUAGCAUUCAAGAUUUGGAAAGGGCUAAUCACCGAUUAGUACUAGAAAAUUCGUCUGACAAGAAACAACUCAAGACUCUGAACAUUACUCUCGAUACCUUAGAAUCAAAAAUCGAUGAUUUACAAACAACCAAUGAUGAUCUGAAAGUUCAAUUAGAAAUACUCAGGAAGAAAACGCAAAGAAAUGCCGAAUUGGCAACACCUACCAAUUCCAAAGAGACAAUUGUUUUGAGGCACGUGGACAGGCUAGAUGAAGAAGUUACUUCAGAUUCAUCGGCAAUAACAGAAAAUGAUAAAAACUCGAAAACAACAUCUCAAUCUCCGGCAUCGAAUUGUCCCGAAAUUAACAAUUAUAAUGAAACUACUCAGAAACAAGAAGGCGAAAAUGAAACUGACAUGGAGCAAGUAAGUCAAUUAUUAUCUCAAUUGAGUAAAACGAGAGCCCAAUGUAAUCGUGAUGAAAGAAGAAUAGCGGAAUUAGAAGAACAGUUAUCAACUUUGGUACAACAGAAUCAAGCUUUGGAAAAUCAAGUCGUUCAGCUUUCUUAUAAAGGAGAUGAUCUGAAUAUGAAGAGUAUGCACGAAGAACUUACUACAUUGGAAGAAGUGAGGCAAGGACAAAUGUGCAGCAGAUGUUUACGAACUAUGGAACAAAAUGAUAUCCGCGAAGAUGACGAUUCCAGUAUGCUGGAAGGUUUGAUGGAACCUCAAUACCAUUCUUCAUUCUCUAUGGACGUACAGGGCUACCCAAAUCAAUCCCAGAUGUCUGGAAAAACACCCAACCCUUACAAAAAAUUAGUAGAAAAGUAUGAAGCACUUGUCGAGGUUCAUAGUAAACCAAUAAAAUCGCGACACGAAGAAAUGCAGAUGUCUGGAGACUUCAAUAAUCUAAGUACUAAAGAUACAGAUGAAGAAAGCGGACAUGGAGACAGUUUGCAACACAAGAAAACAAGAAAAACGUUUUCCACGCCUACAGAUUUUUCCGAAGCCGAAACUAGUUCGUCUGGUUUUCAAGAAGAAACUAGUAAUAAAGCCACUCAAACAGAAGGUCGUGUCGGAUCAUUCUUGUGUACUAUUGCCGAUGGAGAAGAUUGCAAAUUUAGUAUUUACGACGAUGCAAGUCCAAUAGAUUCUAGAUUCCGAGAUAGACCGGAAUACCAAAAUUUAUUUAAAGAAAUUUUCAACGUUCUUAAAAAAGCAGCCGAAAAUAAAGACGAAGGAGACGACUUAUCUCUUUUAGACGGUUUCACUCCAAUUAAAGCUGUCCCAAAAGUACCACCUGUAACUCCAUCUAACGAUCAACUACCAGAUUUUCCAGACGACGAUAGUCAAAGCGUAGUAUCGUCUACGAUGUCUGAACUAUCCACUUCACAAAAUGAGCCUACAACAAUCAUAGAAAACUUCAUCCAAUCUCAAAACCAACCGAUACCAGAAUCAGACGCCAACGAAAGAGUAUUAAAACCAUUAGUGCGACAACCUCUAGAAUAUAUCUCGAUUGAGGUUAGAAAGCGCUCGGGAUCGAAACGUAAGAAUAAAUACGUCGAAAGAUCGGAUUCACCUGUCACUCACAUCAUCGGCAGUCCAAAAAUAAACUACUCGAGCAGACCGAAUUCCGGCAGGCGCAGAAGAGAAAAAUCCAACCAUAGAACGCCGGAACCGGAAACGAGUAACUGGAACGGUAGCACCUUACAAUUCUAUCCGUCAAACAGAAACAUUUCUUCGCCAACACCUAGUCAAGGCAGUACCAAGUACGAAUUCAAACCGAGUUCUGCGUCGCAAGAUCUACACAAAUUAAAGAAACUAGACAUGUCUUACGCUGAGGUUUUACGGAACGCCGAUACGAAGAAGAGGGAAAGAGAAUUGCUCAGACAAAGAAGGAAGUAAGGCUUAAUACUGAUAAUUCGUUAUUAUUUUGUUUCUAUGUAUAUGUCGCGUUCGUUUGUUUUAAAUUAUAUAGUGACGUUACAUACAAGUCAAUUUGUUCAUUAAUGAAACAAAAAGUAAAAUCCCAUUGCGAUACAAGAUUUGAAUAUGUAGGUACGAGAUCAGAAUAAUCGAAAAAAUUCUAACAAACGUAAUCUUUGACGUGUUCAUCUGAUUGACGUCACAUUAACAAACUCACGAAAUGGCUAAUGUUACUUUGUCGUCUGGUUAAAUAUUUCAUGAUUUUCUCAUAUUUUUAAUAGCAAGUUCCAAUAUUUUUAAUUAUGUGGAGAGAAUGGCGAAGAAAAAACUUAGUUUUUCUAUUAUUCACUGAGGAUUAUUUGUAAUCUGCUUCUAAUUUACAUGCAACUGUUGUUUUUUUCUUAACCAGCGCAUUUUUCUUGACAAGCUCUAUAACGAAAUCAAAUCUUGAUAAAUUUUCCAAAAGGAUAAAUAAAUAGAUUUAGAAAAAAAAUUUCUUAAGCUAUUUGUUGCUACCACUACACUCACAAUUACACUGUCUGACGCGCGUUUCGAUAACCAAGUAAUCGUCUUCAGAGACCGAAGGUCAAUUGAAAUUUUUUAACUCGCACUACGUAUAUACCCGGUACUAAUGAAAAGAAAUAUCGGUGUGUAUAGUGUGAGCCAAAAUAAUGUUAGUACUUCAUAUAAAUAUUUCCAAAAUAAUCUUUUGUUUUCGAAUUAUAGGGUUGCAAAGUUUCAAUUUUAAUUUCGUUUACACUUUUUGAUUCUCGUACGGUUGAUUUGAUAUUCAUAAAAUUUUCGGCAAGUUGUGAUAAUAGUUGAUUGAAAAUUUCUGAAGGUAUGACACAUCCUUUAGCACAUUCUUUUGGUUAGGUUAGGUUAGGUUCUUUAAGUAUUCUCAAACAGUAAAUCGUGACUUUCAAAGGGGUCGCAGGACGGCUCUGAGAGGGUUACCAUCCAAAGCAUUCCGGCCACAGAUUUCAUACAAACGGCUUAGAAAUUAAUAGAACGAAUCUCGAUUGUUUACGAUGAAAUACAACAAAAAAUGAAUCAACAGCGCUGCUAAUAAAAGUGUCCACCGCUCCACUUGUAUUAUAACGUAGGCCUUGUUAUUGUAAUACGAAAGUUGCGUGGAAAUAACUAAUUGUUAAAUAUCUUGAGUUGAUUUGAUCAUUGUCCAGUACCAAACCAAUCAUUUUUCUCUUCUUCUUCCGUGUAUUACGCGUAGUCGCCUGUUUUAUCUUCGACAUCCUCGUCUCCUAUUCUGCUUAAGGUUGUCGCUUCACCUUUUUCUGGGUCGGUCGGCCCAAUGGGGAUUUAUCGCGCGCUAUCUUUCUUUCUUGAUAGAACCCAUUCGUUAACGUCAUCUAUUUUGCAUAAUCUUCUAAUGUUCUCACUUCUUUCCCUGUCCAGUAGGGUUUUUCCGGCUAUCCUGCGUAGCACUUUCAUCUCUGCUGUUUCCAUCAUUCUUUUGGUUUUCGCCACUUCUGGUGUAGGUCAUUAUGGCCUUGUAUAUUCUCGAUUUAGCUUUUAUUCCAAUGUUUACUUCGCCUUAUGCUUUCGUUCAAACAUGCUGCUAUUCUUAAGCCUUUUAAUCAUUUUUCUCAAUUGUAACAAAUAGAUGAAGAUGCCAAAUGCUUCUUUGUUCAAUUCUAGGUAUUUCAUCUUUAUAUUUAACCAAAACGUGUGGGUACAAACAUCAUCAAAAGUGGAUUCCAUUGACUGAUCACUUGACAUAUUUUUUUGUUUAUAAUAGAAAUCAGCAUGCAUGUAACUCAGAAAAAGGUGUUAUUAUCCACAUAGAUUCACUUGCAUAUUUAACAGGCCAUAUAAUUUUUUUAUAAAGACUUCACGAUGUGAUGAUGUGAGUUAUGAAAGAGAUGAUGUUCUGAUUUCAAUAAAAACAGUCUUCUCAACACGUUGCCCUGGUACAGCCAUCUUACUUGUACACUGUGGAAAUCACAUGAAAUUUCUUUAGCUAACAAAACUUGUCUAUUCAAAAAACAAUGAGAAAAGUUUGUAUUUUGUAUCAGAGUUCACAACCAAACAAUCAUUCCACUAUUUUUUUUUUGAUGAUAUGAGUAAUGAGAGAGAUGAUGUGUCAACAAUAAUUGAGACGCACUCUUUGAAUUCUUGUGUCGAGUGAAAAUUUUCAAAAUCGUCAUUCUUGCAUUCCAAAAAAUAAUUUCCGUUGGUCUUAAGCUAACAGAAUAAUUGCGUCUGGACCUUCCAGGGAUAAAUUCCAAAAAAAAUGGGAAGUCUGUGGAAGUCACCUGACAUUUCUUUAGCUAACAAAGCUUGUAUGGACAAAAAACAAUGAACCAAUCAAUCAUUCCACUGUUUUUUCUUGAAAGGUGUCUCGCUCCAUCACUAUAAAUUGAACCAUAUUUGUUCCAAUUAGCUUCAAAAGAUUCAGUUGCUCAAUUAACGCUUAAAGAAUACUUUCACCUGUGGUAAUGUCUAAUAUUCGUCGUGACAUCGUCUCACUUGAUUGAAUUGAAUUUAACAAUCUCGAGUGCCACCUAAUACGAAGCUUUUGAAACAUCAGCAAGAUCUUUAAUAUUUACCUGUUGAUUUCGAAUGGACAGCGGUUUUCUCUCGUUGAUAGAAUACAAAUAAUUCUGUCUAUCAGAUCUCGUAUUUUUUGCACAGAUGUUGCUUGUACACUCUAUUUCUGAGAUAACCACAAAAUAAUCCAUAAAAUUGACGUCUCCUUAUCACGUUAGCCUUUGGAAAGGACCUUUCCGUCCAUUCCUUCUAUUAAGAAACCUUCAGUUUAGCUAUUGUCAUACAUCUAAAUUAAAAUUAUGACAUUCUCUAUCAUGCACGAACCAUAAAUUCAUCGAGUUGGUAGUUAAUCAUCGAACAUGUUCCUGAACUGGUUUUGUUGAAAAUAUAAAUAUUUUGACGAAGUUAACGUACCGUCAAUACAGUAUGAUACAAUCAAAUAAUGGUCCAAACAUUUACCAUAAAUUUGUUCUGUGCUGAAACUUGAUCUUUGGUGAAACGUAUCUGUGCAUGGUUUUGUCGACUAUACUCAAGUUGUGCAAGAUAGUCGACCGCUGUCAUACUUUAUAUUUUUUGUUGAUGAUGGCUCACUAUCAGCUGCUUUUAAAGAGUCUUCAUAAUUCAGUUGCAUACACUUCGUGCUGGUCCUUCGCCCCUCAUUUUGGCAAAAAACAUGUUAAAAUUGCCAAUUCUAUAUAAAUAUUGUUUCUAUCUUCACAUUGUGAUUAAUUUAUUGUCAUGGAAAAUCAAGAACGGGAAUUUCAUUUCAUAAAAACCUAUCAAGAUUACAUUUUCGUUAGCUAUAGUAUGGGAGUUUGAAAAUUUCAUGUAGGUUGAGUCAUCCUUGCAAAAAUUUUGAAUCCAACACCAUUACGAGUUGUUCGACCUUGGCUAACAGAUAAACCAUAAAUCUAUCCACUAUACUAAAAAAAUAAAAAUUUGGACGCCUACAAUUCGAAAACGAGGCUCCGUAUUGUUUAUAUCAAGUACAACAUUUUGACUCAUUCUAUAGGCUACCAACUUUUACCUCUUUAAUUUCGGGAUAUCCUGUGUAAUUAAUUUUUCCGCUAAUUCCUUGUGAAGCAAUUCCCAAAACCUUUUUCCCUAUUUAAUCUAUUUUCAUAAAAUCCCUAGCUCCGAAAAGUCCAAAAAUUUUACAUUAUUUUCUUUAUUACCUCUAUCCAUUCUUUUUUAAAUGAACCAGAUGGUCUUUAAACCAUACGUUAACAGACCUCCUUGUUUUCCCAACAUACUUCUUGUCACAAUAAUUUCAAAUGUCACCGCUUUCACUGCCGUGAACAAAUUGAGUUGUACUCGAGAGUUUAGUUUGGAUUUUAAGCUUUUAUUUUAAAACUAUUUUCAUAUUUGCAAACUGAAUUCAUACGUAAUAUAUUUUAAAAUUCUAAUUUUGCGUUUUAUUUAAGUUGUUUGCUUCUGAAACUGCUCAAACAUAAGCAUUGUUGUUUUUCAUUUAUGGAAAAAUUGACUUGGCGAAUCAUUUUAAUAUUAUUUUUUUUAAUGUAGAUGUAUUUUGGAAAUUUAUACAAUUCUGUUAUAAGUUCAUUGUAAUUAUUUAAUAUAUGUCUUGAAUUGUGCCAAGAUUACUUAUAAUCACAAAAACUAAAUAGGGUGUUUCAAAUAAAAUUUGCAAACUCCAAAAUCUCAAUGUGAGUUUUCGAUUUGGAAAAAAUACCAAAAUAGGUUGAUAUUGAUUCAGAAAGACCUCCAGUUUUAUAGUACUUUCGAACUUUUUGCAUUUCUGUAGUACUCAGAACCACUUCUUGAAAAACUUUAAUCAUUUUACAGCUAUCUCCUUUACCUAUGAAAUAUUUUAUUCAGAAAAAUUCUUCUGUGUGAAAAUUGUUUUGAUUAUUGAAACAGUAAACAAAAUAGAGCAUACAAAGGGUCCACCUCGAACUCCCAUGCAAUUGUAUAACCAUUUUACCACAUUUAUAGUAGUAGCAGUAGUAGUAUUACGUAGUACUAAAUGGUAUUCUGUGUCGAAAAUCAAAUAGUGUAGCAUAAACUUUGAUAAUCAACGACGAGUCAAAUCGCGAACCCGCUACUUCUUCUAGUGUCUUCUAGUGUAUGUUUUAUUGAAUGAUCAAUAAUAUCUUCUGAGAAGAUGAAGUUAACGUAACCAGCUAAAUUCUUACCAAUAAAAAAUUUUGUAGCAAUGUAGUCACCCAGUAUCUUAGUGCAAACAUCCUAAAAUGUGUCAAAAGUUUUUGUUAUGUUUGUAUGUGCUAUUAUCUGAAAAUUUAUGGAUUGGUAUGGAUUUAUUAACGACAGUUAUGCCUAUUGGAUCCACCAUUCAUUGUAAACGUACUUUUACAUCUUCUUCUAGUGUUAUAAUUAUGAAAGGAUCGAUAAUUUCUUCUAAGAAGUUAACGUUUUCAGCUAAAUACCUACCAAUAAAAAGUUUUGCGGCAAUGUAAUCAUCCUGUUAGUCCAAACACUUUUUGGUACGUUUUACUUCUACGAAAAUUUAAGAAUCUGUAACCCUUUAUUAAUGCGUUUUCUCAAUGAUUGCUCAAUAUCCAUCAUAUAUUCAGCAAGAGCAUCGUCAUUGAAGGCAGGUUUAUUACUAUUACUUAUAAUGGGGCGACUUUGUAGGUCGUAGUUGCCUACGUAAUCCACAUUUCUCUUGGACCUCCUCUUCGUAGGUUCUUCCAAAAGGUCAGAGAUUUUUCUCUAUAUUUGUAUGUCUUCACCUCCUCUUUACUUUCAGUAUCUCCUCCUCCCAGUCUCAUGAUUUGUUUCACCUAUGAAGGUUUUGACAUGUCUGUAUCCAAGUCUCCAAGUUUGGAGAGGUCAACCACAAUUUGAUUCCCCGGAAUCUUCUAUAUCCAAAGAUCCAAAAUAGCUUCAUAUUCAGGUUAUUGAGUGCCUUAUAGUAUUGCAAAAUUAACUUGGUUCCAGUGGUUAUGCUUUGCAGAAGCUACAAUCUUUGUACAGAAAGAUACUUUUCUAGGGAGAAGAUGAGCCAAUGGUACUUAGAGAAUUUUCUAUUCACUAAAACCAAAAGAAAACCCCUGGAAAUAAAAAAAAUACCAGGGUGAUGUAGAUAAUGGAAAAACCUUUAACAUACUCAUAAAUUUAAGAGAUAGUGUUUUGUAGGUUAAAAUUCACCUGUUUUGAUAUUUUUUUUAACGGGAUUAAAACUCUAAAUAUUUCAGGGUGUAAAUUUCAGUUGUGUCACCCAAUACGUGAGAUAUUCAUUUGUAUAAAAUUAAUUUUUGAUUGUGGUCGUUUGAAAUUUUUCCCAUUUUAUACCUUAUGCAUUAAGUAUUUAUGUGGAAAUUGUGAAAAUAUUCAUGUUAUAACUAGUAUUAAGGUGAAUAUAUAUUGAACAAAUAAAUUAAGUGUAAUGAAUACCAUCCUCGAUUGAAUAUAUGUCAUAAGAAAAAGUAAAUACACCCACUAAAGUCACUAAAUGCUAUUAUGGAAUACUUUUUUGUUUUUUGCCAAUUUAUUGUAGAUUAUAUGAAUUUUUGGAUAAAUAUUGGAAGUCACCACUGAUUGAAUGUGUUUCUUAUCAUCAAAUGUUAUCACAGAUGUUCUUAUUUUGUGAAACCAUAAUCAACUUACAGAGUUGUACUUUAUAUAACAAGCGAAUAUAAUUUCAGUAAAAUUAAAUACAAAGAUGAAUUUGUUACUUUUAUUUGUAAAUUAAAAACUAGAGUAAAAGUCACUUAGUACUUUUUGAUAAAAGUUACUCAUAGAACUAAAAAAUAUUUGACAGAAAAAUUUGUUAAGACCCUUUUUCGUUUUUUCAUGUUUUUGUUACCAUAAUACAGUUACAAUACAGUGAUUAUUUUAUAACACUAAAAUCAUGAUAAAAAAUAACUUUUUUAACGUCAUAUCUAUCACAAUUUCAUGGUCAGUGGUCUUCAUUUGUAAUACCUACAUAUACUACAAUAUAAUUAUUCCAAAUCACUGUCAUCACAUUCAUCUUUUUCAAAAUCACUGUCGUUUAAAUCAAUUAAAAGUCUAUUUAAAACUAUAACAUGUUGCAUAUCGAAAGUUUCAGUUUAGUUCAAAACGUCUGGAUGUCUUCUGAAUCUGUCUGCAACUAAUCUUUGUCUACUGAUCUGUUUACCAGUGAUGAAAAAGAAUUAGGAAUAUUGUUUCUUCUUGCAAGUUCAAAUGCAAUAUUACGGUGUCAAUCAACAAAAAGUCCGGUCCAUAACCAAUCAGUGCUUCACUUAUUCUUUUUCUAGAACCUCGCUAAGAAUAGGUUUGUGUCCUAAUUUUGUUUUUAAAAUAAUUUUAUAAACAAAAUAAUUGCAAGCUUUUAAAUAUCAAACUCUGCCUGAUCGAACAUCAAAUAAAAAUCUUUACAACACAAUUAUAAACCUUCCACUACUUCAAAAAACAAGUAAUAUAUAAGAGUGUUUUUAUCGUGAUUUCAAAUCGAUCAGAUGCGAAAGUAUGUCCAAACAUACAUUCAGAGUGAACUAAGUUGGAAUUUUUGGAACCGUUGGUUAUAUUCAUAAUAAACACACUGUUUGUUGCUAACCCUACACCAACACUCACUAUUACACUGCCUGACGCGCGUUUCGAUAACCGAGUUAUCGUCUUCAGAGUCUGAAACAGUUUACCUUCAGUCUGCGUUGGACAGCGUAAUUGUGAGUGUUGGUGUAGUGGUGAUGUAAACAGUGUGUUCAGUAUAUAACCAUAUACCAAGUGCGGUACAUCAUUAGAAAGCUUUCAGAACAAAAAUUAACGCUUUUAGUAUUUAUUUAUUUAGUUUUAUACUGCCAAAUAUCGAAUGUAAUCCAUAAAAUAUAUCUAUAGUGUAAAUUCAAAAAGUUUCUGUUAGUUAUUAAGAAAAAUAUGACAUAUUGAAAGUAAAGUUGGAGAUAAGCUAAUCAUGUCACAUAAAUUUACAAAACACCCAGUAUAUAAGCAUAAAAUGAUUAUUCAUUGGAGUGAAGAUUAUUUAGAUAAAAAUUUAAUUUGUCGCUCAUGUAUUUAUAUUACACUUUUGUGAUUAUAAUUCUAAAUAAAUAAAUUUGAAAAUA